AUGGUCUUGCUCGCGCUCUCCGCAUACCUCGUCUACCAAAUUGGUUGCGAUUUAUUCAGAAAAGACGAGCCCCCACCAAAGCCGCUAGAACCUUUAAAACAGGAUAUGACUCUCAAAGAGCUGAAGAAAUACAGUGGCCGCGAUGCUUCCGUGGACAACAGAAUUUGUCUGGGCAUAAAAGACGAAAUCUUCGAAGUGACUCGAGGAAAGAACUUUUACGGACCAGACGGCCCUUACAAUUGCUUUGCUGGUAGAGAGGCGUCACGAUGUUUCGCGACAUUUAGCACGGACGAAGAUGAUAUUCCGGAGGGAAAAGAUGAUCUUAGUGAUUUGACAAGCGAUCAGAAAUCGUCCCUAAACGACUGGUAUGAAAAUAUCUCCUCCAAGUACCCCAAAGUUGGCAAAGUCAUAUACACUCCGGAAGACGAAGUCAAAAAAACCAAAUAG